UGAUCCCAUGGCGAACAUCCAUUAUUGACAAACGCAACAAAAUUAAUUUAAGUUACCGUAGCGACGUACUGUUUCAGGAAGUUUCAGUUUACAAGGGGGAAAUGGCUGUGCAAAGCUGGGCUGAGCUCCUGAGAUCGUCAAAGAAAACAGCUUUGAUACACGAUGGAAAACGAAAGAUUCACUACCUCUUUGCAGAUGGAAAAGAAAUGGCAGAAGAAUAUGAUUUUAAAACAGACGAUCUCAUUGUGCGAAAAUGGCGUACCAAAAGUACACUUGGAUCUCAGGGCCAGUGGCAGAUAGAAGUUGGCGAGCCACUUGCAGCCAAUAUUGCCUCUUUGGAUUCAGAGAUGAUCAAGGAAAACUGUUCAAAUCCUGUAUUCAUGCGUAAAGACACUAAGAGCUGUUUUCAGUGGAGGAUACGGAACCUUCCCUACCCAAAAGAGGUCUUCAGUGUCUCCGUGGAACCCUCUGGAAGAUGUUGCAUAGUUAAAACUUCAAACAAAAAGUAUUACAAGAAAUUCAGUGUUCCUGAUCUAGACCGAAUCCAGCUGCCAUUGGACUGCUCUGCCCUCAGCUUCACCUAUGCCAAUGACACUCUGAUCAUCAGUUACAAGAAACCUAAGGAGAUCUUAACCUUAGAGCAUGAGCUACUGAGGGAGUUGAAGAAACUGAAGGGGACCAGUGAAGGAGAUGUUGACUGCAAAACUCAGUGAAAUCUGACCGUGGGAGGGUUUGAAUGAUAAAGCAUUGCAUUCAAAAGCAGAACAAUACGUCAUCGUUUGCUGAUUUAGUUUGAGGGGAUCUUUGAUUUAGUAUGUUUCUGUAUGGGAUACUCCUGCUAGCACCUUGUUCAAGGUUCUUGUUGUGUUUUUAUAUUAAGUUUUGGCAUAUUUAUGUUGUCAAGUUUAUUGUAUGGUCACUGUGACUCAUUUUGUUAUUUUGACACACAAAAAAAAAGAACCCGGAUGAACUUUGUUCUCAAACUAUAAAUGCAUUCAAAGAGCAAAUAAAUUAUUCUUAAUCCUGAUGACUCAAAUUCCAUAAAAUUAAAUGCCAUAUCUCUUUUUCACAUUAUUUGUUACCCUCUGUACAAAAUCAUGCCGAAAUCAAAUGUGAAAUAGUUAGAUAGCAAAUGUGAAGAAGGCCACAAAACCCCCCCACCUACCACCACCCCCGCCCCCACCCCUCUUCCUUGAUGUUCUUGUAAAACACUCAAAACACCCAAUGCCUUGUCCCUGUUCGCUACGGGGUCAGCUUUACAAGCACGUCCCAUUUGUGUUAACUGAAUGCCCUUAUGUUCCAUGCAUGUAGUUGGGCCACCCUGAAAGCCAUUACUGAAAACUUUGGUUAGCCAUCUCUAGCCUGUCUUACUGUUCCCCAGAGCUUGGCCCGCAUGCCAGGGGUCACUCAGGCCUUGAAGCCCCCAGCACACAUACUCCAUUACCCCAAAUUUAAGUUUUUUGUAUUUAUGUAUACAUAUAAGCUUUUAUUUUGGAAUUUGAUGUGAUUACAUGAGCCAAUCUAUUGGAGAUGCAGUAGAUUUUUUUUUGUCUGCUUCUCUACCAAGGUCAGUGAAAAAAAUACUGUCUUAUCGGACAUACUGAAAUAAAUGGUGGCCAAAAAAAGAAACAAUGCUGUUUAAAUGAAACAAUGCCUUUUAAAUAGAUUGUUUCAACCUUGUGAUUCCUUGCAUUUUUUUCCACUAGUCCAAACCCAGCGAGCAAGUGUAAAUGGCAGAGACAAAACCACAGGUCUCUCUCUCUAUUGUGCUUUGUGCACUUCCAGAUGGAGAUACCAGGGAUACAGCAAAACAUUUUCAAAAAUGUUCAGCAUGUCUUUGACAAGCUACUGUGAUGAAUUUGAUUUUGACUAAAAAAAUUUUAGCAAAUAAAAGCAA